AUGGCCGUCGCCGUCCAACAAUCCGUCGAACCACAAAGCGCGGCCAUCCUCGAGCAUCGCAGCUUGACAGAGCCCGAGAAGGUGGGACUAGAUUUCGAUACGCUCAAAAGGAAAUAUCAAGAAGAACGCGACAAAAGACUCAAAAAUGGCGGUAUCAACCAGUACACCAUUAUACAGCCCUCCAGCAAGGCGGCAGAAAAGUUCCUAGACGAUCCCUACGUUAAGCCAGGUUUCACACGCAACCCGCUCCAGCUUGACACCGAUGUGAUUAUUAUUGGCGGAGGCUUUGGCGGACUCCUGUGUGCUGUGCGGCUAUUAGAGCAGGGCAUCACAAACUUUCGGAUUAUUGAGAAAGGUGGUGAUUUUGGGGGCACCUGGUACUGGAAUCGAUAUCCCGGAGCACAGUGUGAUAUCGAGGCCUACGUGUAUAUGCCACUACUUGAGGAGACCAACUACGUGCCUUCUGAAAAAUACACCCAUGCAUCUGAACUACUCGAGCACGCACAUCGGAUCGGAACUCACUACGGGUUAUACGAGAAAACCCUGUUUCAAACCGAGACUCUGAAGUUGCAGUGGAACGAAGGCACAGCUCGGUGGGACGUCGAAACAAACCGAGCAGACACUAUCUCUACCCGCUUCAUUAUCCCAGCUGCGGGUCCGCUUCAUCGACCAAAGCUCCCAGGUGUCCCUGGCAUAGACUCGUUCAAGGGUCACGUUUUCCACUCCUCGCGCUGGGACUAUGACUACACCGGAGGUCACAACCGCGGAGGUCUAACGAAAUUGGCCGACAAACGGGUUGGGAUCAUCGGAACUGGCGCGACAGCCGUACAGAUUGUACCCCAUGUCGGCGCUACGGCUAAGCAGCUUUACGUCUUUCAGCGCACUCCAUCGAGUAUUGACGUCCGAAACAAUCGACCGACGGACCCCCUGUGGGCGAAGUCCCUCCCAAAGGGAUGGCACCAAGCGCGCAUGGACAACUUCGACACCGUCAUUGCCGGUGGGUAUGUCGAGGAAGACUUGGUGGCCGACGGCUGGACGGAUAUCCUGAGAAACCUGUGGCCACGCAAUACCGGAAAGGAUGUCGCCACCAUGGAUCCGGCACAGAUUGCGGCGAAGAUCCAACUCGCAGACUAUCAAAAGAUGGAGUCUGUACGUGCACGCGUCGACAGCAUCGUGAAGGACAAGCAGACCGCGGACUCACUGAAGCCGUGGUAUAAUCAGAUGUGCAAGCGGCCGUGCUUCCACGACCAGUACCUUCAGACCUUCAACAGGCCCAAUGUGACGCUAGUUGACACGAAGGGAAAAGGAAUCGACAAAAUCACGCCCGAAGGCGUAAUGGCGAACGGAGUAGUCUACGAACUCGACUGUCUGAUCUACGCCACCGGCUUUGAAUUAGCCACCGACUGGGCUCAACGGACGGGAAUGGAAAUCUACGGGCGCGACGGCAUCACGACGACGGAGAAAUGGAAGAAUGGAUUCCAGACAUUCCACGGCUGGACCAGUCGCGGAUUUCCCAACUGCUUCUUUGUCAACAGCGUCCAGGCCGCCGUAUCACCGAACUUCCUCCACGCGACCGCUGAGCAAGCGAAGCAUUUUGCCUACGUGGUCCGGCGUGCCUGUGACAAGAAGGUCCGCACACUGGAGCCCACCGCCGAGGCGGAGAACGCCUGGGUGCAGCUCUGCGUCGAUUUGGCGGAGCCGCGCCGGAAGUUCCUCGAGGACUGCACCCCCGGCUACUACAACAACGAAGGCGAGUUCGACGACUUGAAGUCGCAGAGGAACGUCAUCUACGGGGGAGGCUCACCGGCGUUCUUCGAGCUGACCAGGAAGUGGAGGGCGGACGAUCGCUUCGAGGGGUUGGACGUGCGCUAUCUAGAAGACUAG